UACAUACAUAUUAAUCUGUGGUGUGGUAAUAAAAUUAAGGUUUUAGGUUAGUUCGUUUGUAGAUAAUAAUAUUGUAUUUGUUAAAAAUACGAUAAAGCCUAUAUGAAUAAAUAAAGGCAAUGUAUGAAAAUGUAUCUUAAUAGCAGUAAAAUGUUACUGCUUACCAGGAUUGCCUUGAAACAUGCGUUUCCCAAGACUGGGCUUUCAAGCUACUUCACUAAAAAGUCCACUUUUCGUAUACAAAAUGUUUACAUGUACAGUUCUAAAGCAUCUUCCUCCACGGAAAAUGUAUACAACAACUUUACAGACUGGGAGACACUGAGCAGGAAAAAGAAGGUAAGCAAAGCCAUGAAAGCAUAUCUUGAACGAGCCAAAGAACACGAUGAGUUUAUGAAAAGGCAACAAUUUGAAUUCAACAUCGGUAAAAGACACCUCGCUAAUAUGAUGGGAGAAGAUCCAGAAACUUUCACACAGAAAGACGUAGAUCGUGCUAUCGAGUAUUUAUUCCCCAGUGGUAUUUACGAUCCCGCUGCCCGUCCAUUGAUGAAACCCCCGGAGGAAGUGUUUCCAGCAAGAAAAGCUGCAGAAUUUGACGAAGCGGGCCGCCCACAUCACUUCUUAUUUUACACUGGAAAACCAAACUUCUUCAAAUUGUUGUAUGAUGCAGCUGAAAAUAUACAACUGUUACACAAAUAUGAGGAUAAGGUUAUCCGUAAAAAAGAAACGCCAGAUCCAAAUGCAAGUCUCGAUUUGAAUGCUAGUGUUUGGUUGACCAAAGACCAACUUGAGCAAAUGUUAGUAGAGGCCAUAAAUGAUUUAGAAUAUGAUAACUUUAAAUUAGUCAUGGACAGACUUGUAUCGCUACCAUAUUCAUAUAGAUGUAAGGAGUUCAUUGAAAAAUACAGAAAAACAUUAUCUACACAAAGAUUUGCUUUAGAAAUCCCCAAACCGAGCUACGAUGAAAAUGGUUGUGCAUUUGUAACUACCUAUGAAUGCCUACGGAAAAAGGCUCGGGGUGAUGUAACAAUCAAAUGUCCAGGCUCUGGUAAAAUUACCAUAAAUGGACAAGAUUUAACUUAUUUUGAGGAUACACAAUCUAGAGAACAAGUUAUAUUUCCAUUAAUUUUCACAGGAAUGGAAAAUAAAGUUGAUGUGGUAGCCAAUAUAGAAGGUGGUGGUCCAUCAGGUCAAUCAGGAGCAAUUAGAUGGGGCAUUGCUUGGGGUUUACGCAGCUUUGUAGACAAAAGUAUGCUCGAAGCCAUGCAGGUUGCAGGCUUGCUGACACGAGAUCACAGGAGACGUGAGCGCAAGAAGCCUGGCCAGCCAGGUGCUAGGAAAAAGCCAACUUGGAAGAAAAGAUAAACUUUGUGUUUUAGAAAAUUUGUCUGCUUAGUCUGUAAUAAAUAAAACUACUUGAAAAUUUACAUUCAGUAUCAUUUUAAUAAAUUUAAAAA